UGACCGCAUCUCCCGGCCGCCCCCCAGGGCCCAGUAAGGUCUUGAUAACAAGGAAGCCACCGGGGCUCUGAUGGGGCCCUCGGCCCGCGAGGGUGUGGAUCAGGGCAGGCUGCCUGGAGGAAGCGGUCUUGGGGCUGUCAAAUGGAGGGCAGCAGACCAGGCCUGGGGUCCGCUCUGCUGUUUGUGGGAUCUGUCUCUAGCUGCCUUGCUUUCCCCGUCUGCCCCCCGCCCACCCCCCAGACCCGGAACCCUGACCAGUGGGCGGGCCGCAGCCUGGAACCCGCCGCCAGGAGCAACUGGGCAAACAGAACUCGGCCGGACCCUGAGCCUGUUGUCCGGGUGGCCGCCUCUGCUCCCACCUGCCGCCCCCCUGACCCGCCUGGGCCAGCCCCCCGCCUCUCGAUGCAGCACCCCAAACCCUUCUACGCACCCGCAGCAACCCAGGAAGGCUUCAGCCCCCGGGGCCUGGACGGCACUGAGGGGCCGGGCGGCCAGCCCGCUCCCGCCUGCACGGAGCCCCUUCCCGCCGUGGGUUCCUCCAACCUGUAUCACCCCCCAAACCCAGAAAAAGAGGUGUUUCCAGUGCCGCCCGCAGGUUUCCAGAUGGCGCCCUGCGGCUGUUUCUUCGACCCCCGCAUCUACCGCAUUGAGUGGGCCUCCGCCGACUUCGGCCAGUCGCUGCUGUACAAGCUGGUGGCGGUGGGCGGCGGGGGGCCGGCCGGGGGCCCCGCCUCGCCGGGCACCUACCCGCUGGAGCCCCAGCGCUACCCCAAGAAGGCCGCGGGGCCGCCCCCGCCGUACCCCACCUACCAGCCGGCGCCCGGGGGUCCCCCCUAUCUGGUGUCCUGCUUCUCGCCCGACGGGCCCGAGGCCCUGGGCUUCGUGGGGGACGGGGUGCCCCCCGCCUUCGUGGAGCUGCCCACGCCCCCGCCCCUGCUCAAGGGCAGCCCGGCCCCCCCUCCGCCCCCCAAAGAGAACAAGCCGCCCCCACUGCUCGUCACGCCCCCCAACGAGGCCACACUGUCCCCCGCCACCUACGGCCACUUCAAGGGCCGCCAGAGCCAGCUGCACGGGCCUGGGGAGCCCCUGGCCUUGCCCCCCAGGGAGCCCGGGCCAGGCCCGCUGAUGCCCCCAGGGGAGCCCAAGGCGGCCGAGGGCACCCCGCUGGGGGCGGGCGAGGCGGGGACCCCCCAGGCGGCCAGGGCCGCAGCGCUGCCCGACAAGGUGAUGCUCGAGGACGCCAUGAAGCUCUUCGACUGCCUGCCGGGCGUCCCCGGGCCCGAGGGCACCCCGAGCAAGGUCCCCGGGCUGCCCCUGCCCGACGGGGCGGGCGGCGGGGGCGACUCCUCAGGUGACAUCCGCUCGCUGCGCCUGCCCGAGGAGCUGCUCUCCUUCGACUACAGCGUGCCCGAGAUCCUGGACGCCGUGUCCCACGUGGACUGCUUCUUCAAUUUCCGGGCCCUAGAGGACGAGCCGCCGCCCCCGCCCGCGCCCUCGCCGCCCCCCGCGCCCCCCGGCCGGAGGAAGGCGGGCACCUCGGCCGCCAAGAAGGGCAGGCAGGGAGGCAAGAGCAGGCAGGCCACCGCUGUCCCCCCGGGGCCCAGGCCAGACCUGGGAGCCGCCCCCCAUUAAAGCCGAUUUGAGCUC